UUCUCUUUCAAGCUUUGUGUUUUCUUCUUGCUUGCCUCCUUCCUUCCUCCCUUCUUUUUUUUUAAAAAGCAAGCCUGUCACCGAAACGAUCGCUCCCCUUUCUCCCCCCAAAGAGCAGCAACUUCCCUUUCCAAAGCGGUAGCUUGCCUUCUCUCCGGAAGGACGCGGCAGCGACUCCUCCCGAGAGAAAGAGAAGGGGAGAAAGCGGGGAUCAUAGAGACGGGACUGAGAAGGAGGAGGAGGUAACUCGGUAACCGAGCGAGGGCAGCGCAGUGGAGUUACUUUUUGGAAAGCUGGCAAGGUUCUUAAGUAUUCAAAAUGGAAGCACAGAAGGCAAAUACAUUUUCCCCAAAUUCUCUGGGACAAGAUGUGAAUCCUGAUCUUGACAUUGAACGAAAAAAUAUCUCUUUCACCAUUGAGCGCCUUACCAAUAUACUGGAUGGUGGAGCAGAAAACACCAAGAUCCGGAGAGAAGUCGAGGCUGUGCUCCAGGCUGAUCCAGAAUUUAGCCAAGAAAACCAGUAUUUCCAGAACCAAAAUGAAAGAUAUGAAAAUGCUAUCAGAAAAUCUGUUUACUUCUUACAAAAGAAAGCUGAAAUGGGAUGGAAGGAAGAUGGCCCAGAACAGAAGUACUGCUAUAGGUUUCUUAGUAACGAUUUGGCAUUUAACAUACACAUAGUCUUUAUGAAGAGCAUUUUGGCAUUAGGCACCAGUGAACAAAUCAACAAAUGGAUUCCCUUAGCAAAAAAGUAUUUCAUCAUAGGAACCUAUGCCCAGACUGAAUUGGGACAUGGAUCUAAUCUUCGGGGUUUGGAGACAACAGCCACAUUUGAUGUGGCCACUCAGGAGUUUAUUCUCAACACGCCAAGCUUCUCUGCCAUGAAAUGGUGGCCAGGAGACUUGGGGCGAAGUGCAACUCAUGCUGUGGUUUUUGCUCAGCUUUAUCUGAAAGAACGUUGUUAUGGCAUGCAUCCAUUCAUCGUACAAAUUCGCAGCCUCAGAGAUCAUUCUCCAGCUCAAGGAAUAACUAUAGGGGAUAUUGGUCCCAAAAUGGGCUUUCAGAAUAUCGACAAUGGCUUUCUCAUCCUGAAGAAUGUCCGUGUUCCAAAAGAAAACAUGCUGGCCAGGUUCUCUCAGGUUCUACCAGAUGGUCAAUAUAAGAAACAAGGAUCUGAGAAGAUCAACUAUUUGACUAUGAUUGUGAUACGUGUGACCAUGAUUCAGACUGAAAUUGUCCCCAAUUUGAUGAAGGCUUGUACCAUUGCUAUCCGAUAUUCCGUGGUGCGUCGGCAAUCUGAGUUAAAGCCUGGUGAUCCAGAGGCUAAGAUUUUGGACUAUCAGACUCAGCAGCAGAAGCUUUUUCCUCAGCUGGCCGCUGUCUAUGCCUUUCACUUUCUUUGCGACUAUCUGCAGGACAUUUUCAACAGAUGCUACAAUCACACCAAAGAAGGAAAAUUUGACUUGCUUCCAGAGGUUCAUGCGCUGGCAGCAGGCAUAAAAGUGAUCACCACUGAGUAUUGCUCAGCUGGAGUGGAGGUGUGUCGGAGGGCUUGCGGGGGACAUGGCUACUCUCUCCUCAGCGGCCUGCCUUCCAUUUAUGAGAGACUGGUCGCGUCUUGUACUUAUGAGGGAGAAAAUACUGUUCUCCUCCUGCAAACAGCCAGAUUUCUUAUAAAAUGUUAUGGAAUGGCACAAAUGGGCCAGCCUGUUCCUUCAUCAGUUGCCUACUUUUCUUCCAUAAGUUUUGGAAAAUGCCAAGCCCAGGAAAAAAAGGAUUUCCUAAAUCCUGAUAUUUACAUAGAUGCCUAUAAGCACCGUGCCUUCAGGAUUAUAGAAAAUGUAGCGAUCAAGCUUCAGCAGUUGGUUCAGUCAGGAAAAGCACAACAUGAGGCCUGGAACCAGUGCACUGUACAACUGGCAAGAGCUGCGAUGGUUCAUAGCCAUUACAUUGUGGUACAAAAAUUUGCUGAAGCCCUGGAGAAAUUUGCAAAAGAAUCUGCCAUCCAGAGGGUCCUUAAAAAUCUCUGUGACCUGUUUGCACUACAUGGGAUUUUCUCUAAUGCAGGAGACUUUAUGCAGGAUGAGUAUUUUUCUACAGACCAAAUUGACAGGGUGACUGAAACAUACCUGGACCUCUUGGCAGUCAUUCGGAGAGAUGCUGUGCCAUUAGUGGACGCCUUUGACUUUUCUGAUGCGUGUUUAAAUUCAGCCCUGGGAAGCUAUGAUGGCCAUGUCUAUCGGAGGCUUUAUGAGUGGGCCAAGAAGUCACCAACUAAUCACCAGGACAAUCGGGUCUUCAAGACAUACUUAAAGCCACUUUUCCAGAAUGCUCUCUCCAAGCUAUGAAGAGGGGACUGGCACCGAGCAACUCCUUUCCUAACUGCCCUCCAAGCCACACUGUCAAGUUUUCCAUAAUAAGCCCAUAUAAUGUAAUUGCAGGCUGCUUUUAAGCCUUACCCAUCAGACCUGAGUUCUCCUUUUGAAUUGUCCUGUCAUACAAAAGGCAGGCAGUUGAUUCCCAAAGAGCAUGUGGUGGUGGUAUGAUCACACAAUCACAAGAGGGUAUGAUAGUGAUCCUGUGCUCAUUUUCCAUUCACAGCAGAUUUGACAUACACACAAUUGAAUGAAAUCCACCGUUAGAACCAGGAAAAAAGUCAUAUUUUCAUAGGAAUCCCCCAACAGAACUUUCUCUGUCCUGAUGCCUUCUAAAUAUACUAGACUGCAACUAUCCACAGGAAAGUUGUAGUCCAAGGCAUCUGGCAGGCAGUAGGUUGGGAAAGGGUGCCCUAGAGCAGUGAUGAUGGGGGGCUAACAGGAAGGGAAGUUGGUGGGAGGGGGUGCUUUUGAGUCAGUGCUGACGUCUGGCAACUGCCUGGACUAAUCCCUACAGUUGUAGGACUGAGAAAGAGGUACUGGCCCAAGGUCACCCAGCUGGCUUUGUGCCUAAGGCAGGACUAGAACUCACAGUCUCUGUAAUCUAGCCUGGUGCCUUAGCCACUACACCAAACUGGCUCUCGAGUUUUUUAGGGCUUACUUAAUUUUUUAAAAAGUUCUUAGUAAAACUAGUCACACACCAAAUCAAUUUCUCAAAAGGACCCUGAAAGAGCACCACUCAGGGGCAGUGGGAAAAUGUCCUUACUGGUAGAGUCCACACUGACCUCAAAUCUGAUUUUGCUGCACUUAAUAAUUGCAUUCUCAGAACUGAACACUUCACCACUUCUGAAACCUCAAAACUUGGUGGUGCUUUUUCCGAUUGCUCAUAUUGCAACGGUUGCCAUUUUAUCUUACGGCUAUUAACGCUGGAUUCACAUCUGCAUUCAACCUGAGUCUCGUCUCAACUGAGUCUUGGACGGUUGCUAUUCCUCCAUCUUAUACAAAUAAAAUAAAGUGGUGAAAAAAAUCACCCUGAGGUUAAAAGGAAUAUAUUUAAAUAUAAUAAAUGCUGCCACCUUGCAGAGGAAACCCUGAAACAUAAAACAUGCACCAUGAGAGUUGGAUAAAAAAGGAACAAGUACAGCUGGAUGUGUUAUAGACAUUAUUUACAACCUUCUGUGUGGUGAGCUAAGUAAAUUUAAAUUGGAAUAUGGGAUUUCUUUGCUUCUGCUUUGCAGCUACAUUGUAUUUGUCUCAAAGUCAUUGUCAUACAAUCCCAUUUAUGAAGGAGCUUUUCAAGGAAGAAAAAAAACAGUCAAUAUGCUGUUAGUUACAUUUGUUAUAUGGCUUCUUAAUUAAGAAUGAAAUGACUGACAGCUGUUAUAUUUAAAAAGCUGUCUUCAAGAUGCCCUGUUUGAAGUUGGAAACAAUUGUUCAGAUCUUUCUGGAAAGUUUCCAAUAUUGUUCUGGAAGGGUUAUGAGUUCUAAAUCGAGCAUUGAACACUUUGGAACAUCCAGAGCAUUUCCAAUAGCAUCAGAAUAACCCAUUUCAAGCAUGAAAUAUUUUGAAUAUGAAACAUUCCUCUUCUGGAUAGAAUCCCACUGUGUAAGAUGUCCUUAGAAUUUGCUCAUCAGACAUGUCUUUUAAAUCAGGAUUAAUGAGUUUGUUUGAUCUAGUGGGUAUCACAAAAUACCCACAGAAUCAGCGCUAGGUUUGCUCCCCUGAAGCCUAGCAAAUAAUCAGUUAUGGAGUCCUUGGGGUUCUCUGAGCUUGGUUGUUUUCUUGCAAAUGUUUCGUUACCCAAGAUGUUACCUAGC